AGAGAAAAAUAUGGCCGAGGCAGGGAGCUUGGGCAUGCGCAAUAGAUGGACUCUUCAGGGCAUGACUGCACUUGUCACUGGUGGAACUAAAGGACUCGGACAAGCUAUUGUGGAGGAAUUUGCAGAGCUAGGUGCCAAUGUGUAUACAUGUGCUAGAACUGAAGAUGAGCUUAAGGAAUGCAUAAGUGGUUGGGAAACUAAAGGUUUUAAAGUCAGUGGUUCAGUUUGUGAUGUGUCAUCUCGUUCAGAACGAGAGUCUCUAAUGAAAGAAGUCUCUUCUCUGUUUAAUGGCAAACUUGACAUCCUUAUAAACAAUGUUGGGACAAGUAUAUACAAGCCGACUCAAGAGUACAAUGCUGAAGAUUUCUCAUUCAUCAUGGCUACCAAUUUGGAGUCUGUUUAUCACUUAUCCCAACUAGCACAUCCUCUUCUGAAAGCUUCAGGUUCAGGAAGUAUUAUCUUAAUGUCUUCGGUUGCUGGUGUGGUAUCAGUAAACUUUGGAUCCAUCUAUGCAGUUACAAAAGGAGCCAUGAAUCAACUUGCGAAAAAUUUAGCAUGUGAAUGGGCAAGAGACAACAUAAGGACUAAUUCUGUGGCGCCUUGGUUUAUUAGAACUCCCCUAACUGAACCUUAUCUGAGUAAUGAGGAAUAUUUGAAGGAAGUAAAUUCUAGAGCUCCAAUGGGACGCACCGGGGAGCCAAAAGAGGUGUCUUCUUUAGUUGCAUUCCUCUGCCUACCUGCGGCCUCAUACAUAACUGGCCAAACUAUUUGUGUUGAUGGAGGAUUUACGGUCAAUGGCUUCUCCUUCCCCCCGACAUAACGAAUAGGAAACAGAUAAAAAAGCAAUUUCCCAAGAAGUUGCUUGGAUGUGUUGACAUCUCUAUUGUACGUUGUUAUAUUAAAUAUAGCCUUGAAUUGUCGGGCAAAUCAAUAAUUGAACUACUAUAUGUAUGAGGUAAUUGGCCACCUGGUGGUUAA